AUGAGUGGCGAGAAUAAAAUCAAUUUUACCUCUAGUCCAGAGGAGGAUGAUCAUAUUAUUCAAUAUGAAAGGGAUACAGUAGAAGAUCUAAAAGUCUCAGAUUUAUUCCAUUCUCAACACAAACAAAUUAUACAGGUCUACCGAGGAAGAUGGGCAUAUUUUUCAUACAUAAUUCGCGCCUUCAAUUAUAUAGGCAUUGCAAUUUAUCUAGACUGGACCAUAUGUAUUAGACAUCCGGUCAAUUUUAUCGUGAUAACUCUUAAUUUUAUCUUUUCUAUCAUUAUUUUAUUUGGAGCUGGAUUAUAUCUUUUGAUAAAGGAAGAUUUUAUAAAAGGUUUUCAUUUAACUCAGCAAAAAAGAUUAUAUGGAUAUUGGGGUUCUCUCAAAGAAUAUCGGGAAUAUUGGGAAGACUUUAAUGAAUAUGGAGAGUUUAAACGUUGUGAGAUUCAUCUCUUUGAUGAAAGUCGACCAGAUUGUCCUAAUUGCAAACAAUAUUACGACAACAAAACAGAGCAAGAAAAAAAACACCUCGAAGAUUUAAAAGAGGGCUUACGCUUAGCGUGUAGAUGCUUUGACAGUUUAGAAGAGGGGAUGAAUUUGUUGAAAAAAUACCAAAAAUUUAAAAUGCAUACCGGAGCAAUGACUACGGAUGCGGUUAAGAUCAUUGAACAAAAUAACAAAAGCGACAAAGAAGGCGAGGAUAAAUAUAACUAUUUAAACAACGAAAUAGAUGAAAUAAAACUAUUUGGAGAGAGAAUUGAGUCCAUCGAAUACAACCCUGAUUUGGAAGGAUUGGAGUAUAUUAAAUAUUUGGAUGGAGAAAUCAUUGAUUUAGAUGCAACUCUCUCUUUUUUGGAUGAGAAAGAAAACGAGGAAGAAAGGCACUUUAAUUUUACCCAUAAACCGAAUAAGAAAACAACCAAUAAAGCAAAUCUCUCUUUUUUGGAUGAGAAAGAAAACGAGGAAGAAGAAAGGCGCUUUAAUUUUACCCAUAAACCGGAUAAGAAAACAACCAAGAAAGUAAAUCUCUCUUUUUUGGAUGAGAAAGAAAACGAGCAAGAAGGAAAUAAAAAUGAGAAAGAAGAUAAAACAGAAACUAAUUCGAAUAAGAAAGAAAACAAAGCAGAAGAAAAUGUCACCAAUUCGAAUGAGAAUAUAAACAAAACUGAAGGCGUAAAUAAAUCUGAUUUUGUAGGAAUAAUAAAAAAAUUGGGGGAGAAGUCCAGAAUGUCCAUUUAUUUUACCAGAACAAUCUCAACAGGCGGGAAUGUCUCCAAUUUAGAUGAGAAAGAAACUAAAACAGAAGGAAGCUUUAAUGAGAAAGAAUACCGAACAACAGGAAAUGUCUCUAAUUCAAACGAGAACAAAAACCAAGCAGAAAAUACCACUAAUUUGAAUGAGAAAAAAAACCCAACAGAAGAAAAUACAGCUAAUUCGAAUGAGAAAAAAAACCAAAUAGAAAUUAUUCAAGAUUCGGAAGAACGUUCCGAUUUACCCAACAAGAAUGGAUGGCUUGAUACUUUAGAAAAUGGAAUUAUAGAAUUAUCAUGUUGUUGCGAAAUUUUGGAGCAGAAUUUAAUAAAUGGUCGUCUAAAGGUUCCAAAUAAAGAAAUGGAUGGUUGUCUUAAAGAUAUAAAGAAAGAAAUUGAUGGUUAUUAUAGAAUAUUGGAGCAAGAUUCAACAGUAAUUGAUGAGAAAAUCAAAGAAUGCCAUGAAAAUCUUAAGGGAGAAAUUGAUGGAAUUUAUGCUAAAAUCUUGGCGCAAAAUUUAUCGUAUUCAAAAUAUAUUGAAAAUAUAUAUGAAAAAAUCGAUGGUUAUCUCAAAAUGCCACCGCAAAAUUUAUCGAAUGAAUAUUCUGAGAAUUCAAAGGAAAAAAUGGAUGGUGACCUCAAAGAGAUAAAAGAAAUGAUUAAUGGUCGUCUCAAAAUGCUAAAGAAAGAAUUUGACGCUUAUCAAAAAACCUCGAAACAAAAGUCAUUAAAUGUAAGAUAUCUAGAAGCGAUAAAGGGGAUAAUUAAUG